GAUAAGACUGCGAGUAUUUUUUUAAGGGGCAAUGUAUAAUUUAUAUAGGCAACCAACAAUAAACACAAGGCGACGUCACGAGUAUACAUUUAAUCUUAUGCAAUGCAGUAUGCACAAAAACACAAGGCGGUGCGCAUGCGCGAACUAGGUCGAAAACACGGUUCGAGUUGAUCAUACUUCUUAUUUAUUAUACUAUGUACAAUGUAAAUUAGUACAUUACAAGACUGAGUGACUGAGUGACCGAGGCUACCCACGUCCAUUGAUCGAGUUCAUUUUUCUAAGUAGUAAGUUCCAAGUGCAUACAAUACAGAUAGGUAACUGUCUACUGAUAAGGCUAACUUCAAUAUUCGACUUGUCAAAUUGGUCUUGGUGGUUGCACUUUUAUUUUAACUGUUUUAAAAAUGCAUAAGUGUAUAUUGUGUGAUAAGAAGUCGGAUAAAAAAAAAUUCAAUCGUCCAGUAGUUCGUUUUCAUCGAUUUCCCAAGGAUGAAUAUAAAAAAAGAAAAUGGCUCAAAGCUAUAGGAAUUGAUCGUUGUCAUGAAUGGCAAUGUGUAUGUAGUGAUCAUUUUUUAGAAGAAAAUUAUAAGCGAAGAAAUAGUGGAAUUUUCAGAGGAAUUUUAUUACGUAAUGCUAUUCCCCAACCUUAUGAUCGAAAUGGUUUUCCUUCAAAUCAUGCUACUCAAAGUAAUGAUGUUGAAACUGGAAAUAAUGUAAUUUUACCAAUGGAAACAAAUAUGAUAAGAGAGGAACAUAUUGAAAAUGCCGCUGUUUAUAGAAACAAUGUGGAUAUGCCGGACCAUACUUCAGGAUCUGGAUUACGAUGUUCUGUUAAAAACUGCUUUAACAGGCAUUCAAAGAAUCUGACCCUCUUUGGCUAUCCUAAGGAUUUCACACUCAGAAAAAAUUGGAUUGAAAAAUGUGGAACAAAAAAAGAUCCUGCUAAAAUAGUAAAAUCUAGUACAAAAGUUUGUAGUACUCAUUUUGAACCAGAAUGCUUCACAAAUACUACAUUAAAAAACAGACUAAAACCAGGCGCUGUUCCAUCAUUAUUUUUUAAUAGUGAUUGGUGAAAAGAAAAAAACUCUUUUAGAACUGAGAAGAUCAAUGGCUUUAUAACUUUUUUAUGUGAAUU